AUGGCUCUUCAAGCUGCGACUAAGAAGGUGGUAGAAGACUUUACUUUGUCAGACGAGCAAUUGCAGAAGAUUGUGAAGGAGUUUGUAUUCGAGCUGAACGAGGGACUGGAGAAGAAUGGCAGUACCAUGAGCCAAAUCCCCACGUUCGUCACAGCAGUACCAGAUGGGACAGAAAAGGGUCUUUACAUGGCUGUAGAUCUUGGGGGAACCAACUUCAGAGUCUGUUCGAUUCAACUAAAUGGCGACACAACCUUUAACUUGGUACAAUCAAAAGUAGCUGUGCCACCUGAAUUAAUGCGAGCAAAGACGGCACAAGAGCUCUUUUCUUUCUUAGCGAAGCAGAUUGAACUAUUCCUCAAGACUCACCACAAGGAUCAAUUCGAGCGUCACACCAGACGACGCCCUACAGUUAGCACACCAGAAGGAUGGCGUCCACAGGAGGUCUUUAGAUUAGGGUUCACUUUCAGUUUCCCUGUGAAUCAGGUCGGCAUUAACAGCGGCCAUCUUAUGAGAUGGACAAAGGGCUUUGAUAUUGCGGAUGCUGUUGGGAAGGAUGUCUGUGACUUGUUGCAAAAGGAGAUCGAUGCUCUUAACCUACCCGUCAAAGUGGCUGCCCUGGUGAACGACACUGUAGGGACACUGAUGGCCCGCUCAUAUGCUUCCCCCGGGAAGACCGGGACCUUGCUUGGAGCCAUCUUUGGAACUGGUACAAACGGCGCUUAUGUCGAGAAGCUGUCGAAGAUCACCAAGCCUAUGGAAGGAGACUAUGACAAGAGUACUGGAGACAUGGUCAUAAACACCGAGUGGGGUUCUUUUGACAAUGGUCUCAAGACUCUGCCAAACACUCGUUACGAUAUUCAAUUGGAUGAGGAAAGUAUCAACCCAGGCAUCCAAAUGUUCGAAAAGCGCAUUUCUGGUAUGUUCCUUGGUGAGCUUCUCCGUCUGGCCCUCGUUUCUAUGGGAAAGGAUCCUGCCAUCCCUCUCUUCCGCGACGACAACUCUUCUCAGAACGAUUACCACUCUACUGCAUCCAUUGAGCAGAACUCGCCACUUCACAUCAAGAAUGCCGUCGAUAGCAGUAUUCUCUCCUUCUCAGAAGCCGAUAGCAGCGACGGACUUCGUGCCGUUCGACAGGCAAUUUACAAGAACCUCGGUGUAUCAGCAGCCAGUAUCGAGGACGCUCAAGCCGUUAAAGACAUCUCCCACGCAAUCGGUCUCCGCGCAGCACGCCUAGCUGGUGCAGCUAUUGGAGCAAUCGUUAUCCAUACCGGCCGCUUGAAUACAGGUGCAUCCUCGAACCCUAGUCCCAAGUCCGCAGCAUCCAUCGUCGAAGACGUCAAGAACCUCAAAUUUUCCGCCGCCGCCUCUGCCACGGCCAACAAGCUGGCCGACACUGCAGGACUCACCGUGAAUGAGGAUGAGAUCGUUGAUAUUGGUGUGGAUGGCAGUUUGGUCGAGUUCUACCCUGGAUUCAUGGACUCAAUGCGCGAGGCUCUCCGCUCGAUGCCGGAGAUUGGCGCUGCUGGUGAGAGGAGAAUUCGAAUUGGUAUUGCGCAUGAUGGAUCGGGUGUUGGUGCAGCGCUGAUUGCGCUUGUGGCGGCGAAGAUGGAGGCUGCUAACGAUCCGGAUCAGAUGGAGGAUGCGAAGAGGAAGUUGAGGAACUUGAAGUCGGAUCAGGAUAAGGACGAGACAGUCAAGUCAGCUUGA